AUGGCCGACGCGAUUCGUGGUCCAGUGCUGCUCGGAAAGGCCCUCAGCGGUUUCAAUGAACUGGAGACUCGUCUAGUCGAAUCAUGGAAGAAAGCUAGUGUUGUCCUGAAAAUGAAUGGAGUUGAUGAAGUGCGUCGGCAGUAUUUGACGAAACUUCGGGAAUCGACGCCUUGCUACGGAGCUGCGUUCUUCCGGGGAUUGAUUGAGCGACCUGUAAUCAACCCACUCAACAUCAAAAAAGUUGUUCAACUUUCUGAUCAAUGGAGCUCCAGAUACAGA